UUUUUUUUUUUUUUUUUUUUUUUGACGGUUGUUCAUUAAACCAGCAGGUUUUAAUGGCCUUGUUAAGUUCAGGCCCCCUGUGCAGAGCCGAGCGGGUGCCUGGCACUCCUCAGCCCAGCUCAGCUCUGCCAGGAAACUGGCAUCUCACUGUAGCUCUUGGAACUGCGUUCUGAACUUGACCACCACCCCGAGGAGCAGCUGGAGUAGAAAGCUCCCGGCGGCGGUGGCAGCUAAGCUUGCUCUUCCCUUCCUACCCUCUACUCCUUCCUCACCUCCUCCAACCCACCCCUAGCUACCCCUGCUCUCCACUCUCACCUCUUAACCCCUCACCCCUUCCUUCUCCCUACGCUCCCCCCUUUCUUGGCUUCUCCCCAAACCUUCCACUCUGGUUGAGGACCAACCUUGGCUGUUCCUCAAUCCUCCUCCUCCCUCCUCCUCCCCAUUCUGGUCCCUCUCUCCUUAUCCUUCCAGCCCCUCUCCUCACAUUCACUCCACCGCCUACCCUUUCUCUCCCCUCCCCCCUUCCCCCUGCCUCAGCUGCAGCAAGGUGUUUGCUUUGCUCCCGGAUGCGAUGCGGAUGAAAGGGUUGGCCUGCCCGUGCCCUGCCCUACCCAACUUCUUGGAGCUGGGGGCCUCCUGCUUAAUGGCGGAGGGCUCCGGGACUCAGACGGCAGGUCAAGGGCCUCCAGUCAACAUCCGGUUCCUUCGCGCCCAGUAUGAAGGUCUGAGGAGACAGCAGAGGACCCAGGCCCACCUGAUGGUGUUCCCUAAAGAAGGGACCACGCUUACUCCAGCUGAAUCGGUGACCAGUGUGGUUUGGAUUAACAAGGACAGAAAGAGCUCGUUGUCCCCGGAAGAUACUGACUCUGAGGUUGAGGGGAUGCUGGAGGACGUCGACAGAAGCUGCCGUCAGGCUCCUGAGACUCCAUGGCACACGUACCUAGAGAUGCAUCGCUUGGUCCAAACCCUUCGCCUGGAAGCCAGCCACCAAGGGAACCCUAAGGGCUACCUCGCAGGGUCAGAACCCAGGCUCUCUCCAGAGGGAGGUUCUAAUGUGUUGGAAAGCAGUCAGAAGACUCGACAAGAAACCGAAAUCUUGGAGGCAGCGCAGUGUCAAAGUCAGGAGGGCGGCAUCCCACUCCAGGCAGCGGCCUCCAGUUCACAAGCCAGUGUUCAGCGCCUUCCUUCCGCAAAGAACCUGCACAGGUCUGGGAAAGCAGCUCAUUAUCCAUUUCCCCAGAGGAAACAUCCCAGGAUCUCCCAAGCUGCCCGGAACCUGGGCUUAUACGGCCCACCCUGAAGCUUUCCACUCAACCCUGUGUGUCUCAUCCUUGCGGCCACCAAUCAACUCAUCAAGAAACAACGCAGAGUCACGACCAGGCAGAGCCUUGAACCAUAAGCAACAAUUGGACCACCUCCAUUGUAGGAAUCAUGGGAAAUGAACUUCUUAAUGGGAAAUGGUCUUCCUUCAGCCACCAAAGAGACUAUCAGUCGACUGCUUCUGUUAAGACGAACGUGCUCUCUUACCCACAUUAGUCGUAUAGAAAAACAUCCCAAUAGUCCUAGAUGCUCUUCCAUGGUUGGGACCAGUAGAACAUUUGGUCCCAGAAGUCGAGCAGGAACCUUAGCCAGAGGGAUAUUUUCACAAUCUGGGGAUCGGUGGUUACAGGAGCUCUUCUCUUUUUUUCAAUAUUUCCUGAUUCUUUGUAUAUUCUGGGAAGAUCUCUGAGAAUUUAGAACCAUUUUUUUUUUCUAGUUGUUCUGUGUGGACAUUUAGAAACAGUUCCGUUGUUAGUGGCGAUCGCAUCAUUUCAUCUUCAGCCUCCCAGACUGUGGUCAGCCCUGGUAAAAACUGUCUUGUGUGUUCAAGGGGCCUCUGGGAAAGGAUGGCUUCCCUUGCCUGUCACAGAGAUGGCACAUCACAGCUUACAACAAACUCUGUUUCCUGUCAGCCUUCCCUCCUAUCAAUUUUCCAUUCCUCCUACACUUGUGUUCUUUUCUGUCAUUUAACUUCAUAUCAAAGUCCGCCAAUCACUAGCCAGGUGCGGGGGGGGGGGGGGGACGGCAAAUGAGCGCAAUCCCAGCAAUCGGGAGGUGAAGAGUUUUGUGAGAUCCUCCAACAAAACAGGGAACAAACAAAACAGCUUCCAUGGUUGAAAACACAUAGUAAUCAGGGCUGGAGGGAGGGAAAAAAUGGCAAUAGGGAUUCCCCCUGCUUGGAAGAUAGGUGUCUCCACAAACUAGCCCCUUUGUAGCCUAUUGGGAAUCACUCAAGGUCCCUCCUGGAAGGCCUCGCAUCCUUCGGAGUAAGAGGUCUAUUAGAAGAGCUGUUAGCUCUACCACCAUGGACAGACAGGCUCUAAAGGGAGUGCAGGCUCCUAAGCCAGGACUGAUAACCUUGUAGGUCUCAGAGGAAGAGGCAGGUUUUCCAUGGUCAGUCUGUCUCUGAUUUGUGGAUUGCAGGGCACGUGGGGACGGGGAGGGGGUGUCCUGGAAUAGGAAUGUGGGACUCUGAGGAUUUGGGGGGCUGGGAGGGAAGUACACAUCUUAUUAUUGAGGUGUACCCAUUGUACAGGUGUGGGAUGUGUCACCAUGGGCAGCCCUCUGGUAUUCAGUCUGGUGGGAGGAUGUGUCACCACAGGUAGUCCUCUGGUGCCCCCCCAAAACUGACAACCUAGUCCAAAAGUGACAUGAAAGGGACGCCUGCUGUUCUUCUGGCAUCCAGGGGAGUUUGUUUACAGACUCAUAGGCUCUGCGUGGAGUGCCUGUCACCCUCUGGCAAGCAGCAGGAAUCCCAAAAAUCCACUGGGGAGGUAAAGAGGGCUGGAGAUGGGCAUAGCUCGGGUAGUGUCUGGUCUGAGGAUGUGUUUCUUUCCUGGAGUCUCAUACAGAUUCUUGGCUUGAAAGGGGCUCGUCAGUGGCUGCGAGGCUGUGAGAGGAACAGCUGCUGUGAGCAAGUGCGGCCUGAUUAGCCCCAACCCAGAGUCUAGCUCCCCAGUAUCAAGUAUGCGAUUUUAAACAAAGCCACUUCUGUGUGUCUGUGAGUGUGCACGUGCGUGUGUGUGUGUGUGUGUGUGUGUGUGUGUGUGUGUGUCUGUGUGUGUGUGUUUUGGGAGGAGUCAUCCUUUCCUGGUCAAUAUUUAGUGUUGGUACCUCCCCCGCCGAAUAUCAGAUUCUCUCUCCCCCAUCCACAUGCUCUCAGACCCCCCCACGAAAACUCACUUCAUAUUAAGGAGUUGUUGUUAUUCCUUUGAAGAACAAAAAAUAAGAUACUGUUGUUUUUUUUUAAUACUCUAAUAAAAAUCAAGAACACUUUCUGGAAAAAAA